AUGGUUGUAAAUUGCUUAAUGAAAUAAUUAAGUAACCCUAAACAGAUUUCAUUUAUUUAAUUUUCUUAAAACAUUGAAUUUUUCCUAAUCCUAAAGCUCCUUUUAAAAUUUUAAUUUUGGAAACCACAUGGAAUAAACUCAUCAAUUUGCGCUUCUUCAAUAUUAAAAUUAUAUAUAUAUAGAAUUAUUCGCUUUAAUUCUUAAUUAUUCUAAAUAAUUGUUUUAAUAGAAAUAGAAAAUAUUUAUUCAAUCAUCCACUGUUUAAACCAUAGUCUCUAAAUUAUUAUUAUGAACUUAUAGAACACUUUGCUUAGGCUAUUAUUCUCUCAUAUUUGCAUUUAUUAAUUAUUAGGAUUAAAUCAGAACCUCCUUAUUACCUGUUCCUAUAUGUCUACUGAGAAAUUUGAUUUAUAAAAAAAGUAUUGCAGAAAAACCUAGGAUCAGAUGUGAU